AUGCAGCAUUAUGCCGUGUUUUUACAAGCAUUCAACUUUGAGAUUAAAUAUCGUAAAUCAAUAGAGCAUGCUAAUGCAGAUGGCUUGUCACGAUUGCCCAUACAAGAAAGAAGUAACGGUAAUUUUGAUGUAAUUGAUAUAUUUCAAAUUGAAAACGUGGAGGCACUACCGGUAACUGCGAAAAGUAUUAGAGAAGGAACGGAUAAAGAUGCGUUAUUAUUAAAAAUGCGACAAGCUUUAAUUAAAGGGAAAAGUUUGAUUCCGUUAGGUUAUAAUGAUGGCGAGUUCGCGUUACAGGAUGGUAUAAUUUUUAGAAAAGAAAGAGUAGUCAUUCCGAAAAAUCUAAGAACUAGAAUAUUAAAAGAAUUGCACGCAGGGCAUUUUGGCACAGUUAAAAUGAAACAAUUGAGUAGAAACUUUGGCUGGUGGCCUAAAAUAGAUAAGGACAUCGAGGACAUAACUAAAAAUUGUAGAGCGUGUGUUACGUUUUGUAAUAACCCAAGAAACAAGGCUAAACAUUCAUGGGAAGCGGCGUCAGAACCGUUUGAGCGCGUACACAUUGAUUUUGCAGGUCCAUUUAUGGGACAUACGUUUCUAGUGUUAGUAGAUGCUUAUACAAAAUGGCCUGAAGUGUAUAUUGUAAGAAACAUGUCCGUACAAAAUAUUAUUGAAAAAUGUAGAGAGAUUUUUGGAUUACCACAGAGAUUAGUGUCGGACAAUGGUCGCACUUUUAUAGCAGAGGAAUUUGAAAGUUUUCUUAAAAAUAACGGGAUUUAUCAUAAGCGCACAGCGCCUUAUCACCCAGCCACAAAUGGCCUUGCGGAACGUUUUGUGCAAACCUUGAAACAGGCGUUCCGAAAAUUAAAUACUAGCGACGGCAACAUUAAGUCUAACCUGCAGAAAUUUUUAUUUCAUUAUAGAUUAACGCCUCAUUCAGAAUUAAAUAAAUCUCCGGCAGAAGCCAUGUUCAAUAGAAAAUUAAAAAGCAGAUUGGACUUAAUAUUUCCGAAAAUUAAUAAGGAAAUAGAAAUUGAAAAUACCAUAGGAGUAAGAAAUUUUAAAGAGGGCAAAAGAGUCGCGGUUCGUGAAUAUUUAAACAAAAAUGUUAAAUGGCGUUUUGGAAGCGUAAUAGCGAAGUUAGGCAAAGCACAUUAUACAGUUAAAUUGGACGACGGAAGAAUUUGGAAGCGACAUUGCGAUCAAAUGAGGAAAAUAGGAGAACAAAUUAAUACUCCGAUUAAUGAUGGGAGUAAUUUCGGCGAGGCUGACCACUACGGUCCAGUUGAAGUAACGCAGAAUCAUGUAACUGCGAACGGUAGAGAUCAAGCAAAUAUUAUACACCCAAACUUCGACCCUAUCAGCUCGAGAUGCUAUCCUGAAAAUUCCGAGACAUUUGAAUUCGAGGAAGGGAAAGCCGUAAGAGCCGAUGUUCCACACGCUAACACACAAAAUAAAGUAAGUUUAGAACAGCGUGCGAAUGCGAAUAAAGAGGGUCAACCUCAACGCAGCAGAAAACCACCGGAUACAUAUGGUAGUUACUUAUCGCCAAUCUAA